AUGGUCCUGGCGGAAUUAGGCCAACAAAUUGGCCAGGCGCUUCAAAAGAUAUCUGCCAAGUCCAUACUUCAGGACGAUGACAUAAAGGAAUUACUUAACGAGAUUGCGCGCGCCCUGCUGCAGGCCGAUAUCAAUAUCGCUCUAGUCAAACAAUUGCAGGAUGGGGUCAAGGCAGAGCUUUUGGCCGCUGAAGAGGGGGCUGGGCUGAACAAGCGAAAGAUACUGCAAAACGCAGUGUUUAAUGGCAUCACAAAAAUCCUGAAUCCUGGUGUUGAGGCUUUUUACCCUGUAAAGGGAAAGACCAAUAUUGUGAUGUUCGUCGGUCUUCAAGGUGCGGGUAAAACCACCUCCUGUACGAAGUACGCUGCGUAUUUCCAGCGAAAGGGAUUUAAGGUAGGGCUGGUGUGUGCUGAUACGUUUCGAGCUGGCGCCUACGACCAGCUUCGCCAGAACGCUGCAAAAGUGGGUAUCCGCUUUUAUGGCUCCCUUACCGAGGAGAAUCCGGUGACUAUUUCCAAGGAAGGUGUCGAGGAGCUUAAAAAAGAGAAGUACGAUCUUAUCAUAGUCGAUACAAGCGGACGUCAUCGGCAGGAAACGGCACUUUUCGAUGAGAUGAAGGAUUUGGAGCAGGCCAUUCAGCCGAACGAUAUCGUCUUUGUGAUGUCGGGUACCGACGGACAGGCUGUUAAGGAGCAGGCGCAAAACUUUAAGAACAAGGUGAAAGUCGGCUCCGUGAUCGUCACCAAGUUGGAUUGCCAAACGAAAGGCGGUGGUGCGCUCUCCGCUGUGGCUGCUACAAAAAGCCCCAUCGUCUUUAUCGGUACUGGUGAGCACUUCAACGACUUUGAGCCUUUCAAACCUCAGAGCUUUGUAAAGAAAAUGCUAGGAAUGGGCGACUUCUCAGAGUUGAUGGAUACCAUGAAGGAGGCGAAGCUUGAUGAUAAUAAGGCUCUUACAAAGCGAUUACAAGAUGGGCAAUUUACGCUUCGUGAUAUGUAUGAAAUUUUGCAGAAGCUAUUAGGUAUGGGUUCUGUUGGGAGUAUUCUAGAAAUGAUCCCAGGGAUGUCGGGACUUGCUCAGGCAUCUGGUAACCAUAACGAAAUGAUGCUGCGGAAGUUUAUUCACAUCAUGGACAGCAUGAACGAUGCGGAGCUGGAUGAACCAAAGGUGAAAAAGUUUAUGACACCCUCUCGUAUACAUCGGAUUGCGCGUGGCAGCGGUACUUCUCUUAUUAAUGUUAACAGUCUUAUCUUCGCGCACGCCUCUUUUGAGGAAGUGGUGAAGAAGAUUGGAAAGCCAAACUUCAAGACGAUGACGCAGGACCCCACGAGCCUGCUCUCAAAUCGGAUGGGGCAGCAGCAGAUGGGGCAGAUCGCGAAGCUGAUGGACCCGAAUCGGAUGCGGCAAAUGGGGAGCAUGGAAGGAAUACAAAAUAUGAUGCGUCAGCUAUCCGGCGACGGGAACGCCCCUGCUGGGAUUCCGAACAUGGCGAAUUUGAUGAAAAUGGCGCAAAAGAUGAAGCUUAAACGAUAA